AUGCUGCACCUCGUGGGUCUGGGUCUUGCGGAUGAAAAGGACAUUACUGUCCGGGGAUUGGAGAUUGUGAAGAAAGCUGAGCGUGUCUAUCUGGAGGCGUACACAGCCGUUCUGCUGGUGGACAAAGAGAAGCUUGAAGCGUUCUACGGCCGUCCCGUCAUCGAGGCAGACAGAGAGCUAGUCGAAACUGGCAGUGAUGAGAUUCUUGCCGGUGCCGAUAAGGCUGAUGUCGCCUUCUUGGUUGUCGGUGAUCCAUUCGGUGCCACAACACACACCGAUCUCGUCCUCCGCGCACGCGAGUUGAACAUUCCCACAAAUGUUGUCCCCAAUGCCUCGAUCAUGUCCGGCAUUGGCUGCACUGGUCUACAGCUGUAUAACUUCGGACAAACCGUCAGCAUGGUCUUCUUCACCGAGAACUGGAAACCCUCUUCAUUCUACGACAAAGUCCGCGAGAAUGUCCAGAUUGGUCUGCACACGCUUGUUCUGCUCGACAUCAAGGUCAAGGAACAAUCUAUGGAGAACCUAGCCCGUGGCCGUCGGAUCUUCGAGCCUCCUCGCUAUAUGACCGUGGCACAAUGCGCUAGCCAGAUGCUGGAAACUGAGGAGACUCGGCAAGAAGGUGUUUACACCGAGGAUAGCUUGGCUGUGGGUGCGGCCCGCGUCGGUGCGCCGGACCAGAAGCUCGUUGUGGGAACGUUGAAGGAGUUGAGCACGGUGGAGAUGGGUGCUCCGCUGCACAGCCUGGUCUUGUUGGGCCGGAGGACGCAUGAUUUGGAGCGGGAUUAUAUCCGGCAAUUCGCUGUGAACCAGGAGACUUUUGAUGCGAGCUACGUCAAGGGCUACGGUGCAUCUUCAUAA